GUGCACAAUUCCAAAAUACAUGUAUAUGAUUUCUAUUUUGCUCAUGCUUAUGUAAUAUGUAGAGAUGUCAGGAGACAGUGAGGAGUGGCAGGUGGCUCGGCGACAUAGAGGUAAAACCAAAAAGACAAAGAUCCAAGUGUCUUUAAACGAGCCAAACAUUCAAGAACAUUUGGAUGUUGGCAAGACUGAAAAGCGACUCAGGCAAACAGCCUCUGAUCUAAAAUGUGAAGCUUUUUACGAGAGAUGGAAAGACGAGUUGCUAAUGGCAGCAUCGGGAAUUCAACAUUUUCAAGAGAAGAACAGGGACUCUUUGGUGUCAGCUGACCAUGGGCUUAAUUGCUCAUCACCUGGACAAAUGCAUUGUGUGUGUUAUGGGCUGGGAUCCUUCUCCUCUUGUGUAUCUGCACGCUACCAGCUGGCCAUGUUACUGCUGCUUUUAGAUGCACUGAAGAUUGAGCUAAGUGACUGCUGGGUGUUUGAUCCUGUGUUUUCUUCUGGGGAGAAAGAUGUAUUAAAAAGAAUAGGACUGAGUGUGUUGACAGAAAAUGAGGAAGGAAAGCGGCAAGUUGAUAAACCAACAUUUUUUUACUUGAUGCACUGUGGGAAAGCCCUUUACAACAACCUUCUGUGGAAAAACUGGAGCAAACAAUGUCUGACUGAAAUUAUCAUUAUUGGAAACAGCUUCUGUGGUAUGAAAGAAAGGACAAUUGAUAGAGAAUUUAACCGAGAUUACAGAUACAUUAGCCAGAUAGCCGCCGUAUGUAUGGAGAGCCUGCUUCCUUGUCCAUCCCACAUGAUCGACGUCUUCAGUGACACUGCAGUCAUUACCUUCCCUGCUAGUGGUUUAGACAAACUUUCAGAUUCCACUUGGGUAAACUCACCAGAACCACUAUAUAAACAUUGUGUUGAUUUAGAGAUUGUAUGCAAGGACAAAAUUUACUUUUCAUUGUAAAUAUGUUGUCACUUAUUUUGCCCGUACAUUGUUCUGGAGGGUGCAUUUUUACA